GGCUUCUGCUUUUGCCAGAAGAUUCUUGUCUUAACUUGCAGUCUUGCUCUUGCACCACAGUCUCUUGCAGAAUUACUAUUUAAUUCGCUGAUAAAGUUCAUCUUCGUUCGCUCUAUUCAUUCUUUAAAAUCUCAAUUUGUAAGACUCUGUUAAAGUUCAAAUUCUCAUUCCCAUAAUGUCAUUUUCGGUGAUAAAUGUCGUUCGAAACGUUUCACGCCAUGCGUUACCGGCGUCCAUGAGGUCUAUCCUGUCGAAACCCAUUACCAGGUCUUUGUGGUACAUGUCUAAUCCCACAAAUCAAUUUGUCCCAACAAAACUUUCUCCAGCAUUCAAACAUACUCCCCUGAGCCCUUCCUGCCCAUGUGGAGAAUGCAGAGGAGUUCAUACAAGAGGGGACAAAGAGCUGAUUGAGUUCCUCUCAGAGGAAAUUGCUGCUGAGAAGAAGGGAAUGAGCAAAGCCAGGCCUGUCGCUAACUUGGAUGGAUUUGAUGUUAAACACAAUGGUUCAGAGAUAGUAUUGUCUAAGAAAUUUAAUGAUGAACAAAUUGAGAUAACAGUUAACGUCAACCAUUCUGUUGAUGCUGACAUCAGUGAGGAAGUUGACAACAAAGCUGACAAUCCUCCCCAGGCUGAAAUGAAAUCAAAACCACACUUUGAAGUCAAACUAAUGAAGGGAAAUCAAGUAACCAGAUUUGCCUGCAGUUACAUUCAAGAUGCAGGAGAGCCUGUUGAAGAUGCCCCAAAUGACAUUUUCACUAUUGAUGAACUUGCAGUAUAUGAGGACAAACAUAAUGAUCAGACUUAUGCUGUCGCUGGAGACAUUCUUGAUGGGUACAUGUACGACCUUCUGAUGAAUCUGCUCGAAGAACGAGGAGUAUCCAACGAAUUUGCUGAAAAGCUGAGCGAUCUAGCUACCAAGCGGGAACACCAUCUAUUUAUUAAUUUGUUAGAGAGCCUUCAGUCUUUUGUCCAAGGCAAAUGAAAGGUUUAGAAUAGUUUUGAGAUGAAAAAUAAAAAGCUAUGUAGUCA